GCGGCAUCUAGCUCCUUCUUGGAAGCAGCGUCAACCUUCUUCGCAUCAGCUGCAUUCUCCCUUGCUUCCCGUCGUCGUUUCUGCUCCGUUCUUUGCGCUUUGACUUAGGCACUGCAUACAAAUCAUCCACGAGGAACAAAAUCAGGAUCCUCCUCUGGCUCAGACGGAGAAUCCUCGUCCUCUUCGUCUUCAUCCUCCUCCUCAUCAGUGAAAGGUCCGCUUGGUUCCUCCUCAUCAUCGUCUACGACGAAUCCAGCGUCAAAGACUUCAGGUUGUCGACGGUGAGAAAGAAGAAAAGCUCGUGCGUCCUCAGACUCUCGACUUCCUGGCUUAGCCUCCUCUAAGAUUUUUCGUGCUCUUGCCACUGCGUUUAUCCCUGCUAAAAUUUACGAAAACUUACCCAUAGACAUUUUGGAGUUUUUAAAGUUUUUAUUUCUUCUUUGGAAAUCCUUUGCACGUAAUGUUGAAACAUUGACUAACUUGCUCAUUAUUUUGCCAAUUGUUUUUAUAGUCUUAGUAAUUUACAAAAAAAAAUUCCAAAAUAAGUACAUACCGUAAAAAUGUAAUAACUCCCUAGGGGUUACUAAUUCAAUUAUUUACAAAAUACGGUUAAUAGUGGUAAGUGGUAAUUAAUAUUUUUUACAGUAUUGGAGUUGAAGUGAUGGUAUGUUUUAUUAUAUGUAAACACAUUCUUGGUAUUAAGAUAAUGACGUCACGCCGAGAUAUAAAAAAGAUGUUGUUAUACAUAUUUUCUCACAAGCAUUUUUUAGAAUACACACUUCUUGACUUGAUUUUGGAAAUUUUGUGUAUGAGUACUUCAUUCGGAGCAACCUAAUAAUAGUUGAGAGAUUUACAUCACAAAGAAAAUGGCUCCUCGUAUUAAGACGACAACAUUCCAAUGCUUGAAAUGUUUUAGGAGAUUCUUAAAUCGUCAGCAUUUUGCGUCACAUUUACUAAGGCACCGAGAUGAAAACAAGAGAAAAUUGUGUCAAUAUUGUACCAUGUCAUUCAGGUCGUCUAAAUUGUUAGAAGUACAUAUGAAUACUUAUCAUAGAUGUGAAUAUUGUGACUUCUCAGCCAACAUUUUUGAUCUUAUAGAGCACAAUGAAGCUCAUAAAAGAGGAGUUAUAAAAUCCAUGAAAUUUGAUCAAAGAGGAAGAGGGCUACGACUGAAUGCUUUCCCUUUCUCUGAAAUUGAAGCCUUUAAAGGCUUUAUGAAAACUUACAGAUUUAGAAAUACACAUGAGGAUAAUAAUAUUAUUUCUGUUAGAGAUUUUUUUAAUAGAUUUAAGUUUAAAAUUAAUCAGAUUCUAUUUCACAAUGUUUCAAUUUAUAAUAGCAUUAAGUUUCAAAUAACGCUUUUGUGUAAAUUUAAACGUAUGCAUCCAAGCGUGGAUGAAGAAGAGGUAGAAUUCAUGGAAACAACAGAACAAUAUUUUAAUUCUUCUCUUAAAAUUAUCCUCAGUCCCCUCUACAUUAAUAGAAUCUUUUGUGACAUGGUUAAUGAAAUCGAUAAUAAUGUGGAAAUCUUCGAACGAAAUGGCAGUGGUUGGAUAUUAGAUGAAGUGAAAGGCUGUGAUAUACGAACAGCUCAGUUUGAAAUAUUAAAGGGUGGAUGUUCGUGCAUCAUUCCCAGCCAUCUGAAAAAUAAGAAUGCCAUUGUGAAUCCCGAUAUUAAGGAAAAUGAUUGCUUUGCUUCAGCUUUUCUGAUCUGCAUGCAUGGAGAUUCAGUAGAUAACAGGCAUCGUGGAAGAAUAUCUCAAUAUGAAAAAUUUAAAACUCACUACGAUUUCUCUUCGUUAAAGUUUCCAGCAUCGUUGAAAGAUAUCAUAGCAUUCGAAAAGCGGCACAAACAUAUUAAAAUUGGUAUUAAUGUGUUUGGUAUUGAUCAAGAAGAGCAGCUUAACGUUUUACGCCUAACACCUCAUGCAAAUAGCAGAACGCAUAAAAUCGUAAACAUUCUAUACAUUCAGGAUGCUUUUAAGCAACAUGGGCAUUACAUGUCUAUCCUGAAUUUUUCUCGCCUAAUCAACAGACAGGGACAUCAUCGAAAAUUUGUUUGCUACAAUUGUUUGAAUACUUUCGGAGAUGAAAAGCGUCUUGAUUCACAUCAGCAGUUGUGUUUUGAGUUUAAAACUCAAAAGGUUUCUGUUCCUUCAGUCGUUGAUGGAAAAAUUCCAUUCUGCUCUUUUGAGAGUAAAAAACUUUGUGAUGUAUGGAGAUUUUGAAGCAAUGCUCACAGACGAUAAUACCAGUACGACCUCAAUAGAUAAACACAAAAUUUCAGGAUAUAAUCUUGCAGUAAUUGGCCCAAAUAAGAAACUGGUUCAUAUAUCGAAAUAUCGUGGUUCAAAUAGCAUUGACAAAUUUAUAGAUGAAGUGAAUCUACACGCUAGCUUUUGCAUACGAAGGAACAAAAUCCAUAUCGCUAUGAAACAACUUUCUCUAGAGGAAGAAUAUGAUUUUUCUAUGGCAGAUUCCUGCCACAUUUGUGAGCAUGAUUUUGAUCACCAAUCUAUAAAAGUUCGAGAUCAUGAUCACAAUACUGGAUUAUUUAGAGGAGCUGCUCAUAGAGAAUGUAAUGCUUCGUAUAUUCAAAAAGUCAAAAUCCCUGUACUUAUGCAUAAUUUUAGAAAUUAUGACUCUCACCUGCUGUUAAGUUCAGCAACGAAAUUUGGUUCUGGGAAUACGUUCGUUAUCCCUCAAAACUCUGAAAAAUUUAUAGGCAUUAUUUGUAAUAAGUUCAUGUUCAUAGAUUCUUUCAUGCAUCUGCCCAAAUCUUUAGAUACUCUUGUAACAAACCUUCAUGCAAAACCCGAAGGCUUUGAUGACAAGUUUGGUAUAAUGAUACAACAUUUUUCAAAAGAACGGGCUGUAAAACUCUCAAGGAAAGGUGUCUAUCCAUAUUCUUAUUUCAGUUCUUGGGAUAAAUUUAAGGAAACCAAAUUUCCUGAUAUUUCAGAGUUUUAUAACACCCCCACUUGUGAAGGGAUUUCACAAGAGGAUUAUGAUUUUGGUAAGUCAGUGUUUGAAACCGAAUGCACUGACCUGGGUUCGUACCACGACAUAUAUUUAACAACAGAUGUACUUCUGUUGGCAUGCGUUUUUGAAAGCUACAGGGAUAUGGCAAUUUCUAACUUUAAGCUUGACCCUUGUCACUAUUUUAGUCUCCCAGGCUUCAGCUGGGAUGCUGCCCUUCUGAGUACAAAAGUUAAGCUAGAACUUGUUACUGAUCAAGACAUGUACAAUACUAUAGAGUCUGGCAUUAGAGGAGGAGUAUCUAUGAUAUCUCAUAGAUAUUCUGAAGCUUACAACAAGUAUAUGGAAGAUUAUGAAGAAGGAGUCAAGGAAGACUCUUUUCUUCUUUAUAUUGAUAAAAACAACUUGUACGGUGAGGCGCUUCAGCAGCCUUUGCCUGUUUCUGAUUUUCAAUGGGAAAGUCAAGAGUUCAUUGAUAAUUUAAGUAUAGACGAUAUUUUGGCAUGGGGUGAUGAGGAUGAAAUCGGUAGAAUUUUGGUUGUCAAUUUAGAAUAUCCCUGUGAGCUCCACCUGUUGAGCGAGCACAACGAAUAUUCACUAGCUCCGGAGAAAAUUACAAUUUCCAUGAAUCAACUCUCGAAGCAUCAGCGGGAGCUUUUAACUUCCUAUAACAUUAAAUAUUCAGAAAAGCAGAAAAAAUUAGUUCCCCAUUUAGGAUCUAGAAAAAUGUAUCCAGUGCAUUAUAGAAAUCUCAACUAUUAUUUGGAGAAGGGAAUGGUAUUAACAAAGAUUCAUAAGAUAAUUAAAUUUGUUCAAAGGCCCUGGCUUAAAGAUUUUGUAAACCUUUGUUGUGAUUUACGACGAAACGCUACAAACAAAUCUGAGCAAAACUUUUUCAAGCUAAUAGUUAACGCAAUUUUUGGACGUAGCAUGAUGAAUGUUAGGAAUCAGCAAAAUGUAUAUAUAGUUAAUAGUAUUGAAACAGCAAAAUAUUAUUCCAGGCUUUCGAACUUCAGAAAAUUUGAGAUUCUUUCUCCAAACUUGGUACUUGUUUUCAUGAGUAAACCUAGUAUUGUAUUGGAUAAGCCAAUAUAUACGGCGUUUUCGGUUUUAGAUCUCAGCAAGUUGUUUAUGCAGGUUUGGCAUUAUGACAAGAUCAAAAAAUGGUAUGGAAUUAAAGCCAGGUUCCUUUUUACAGAUACGGACAGCUUAGCCUAUCAAAUUAAAACCGCUGAUCUUUAUGCUGAUUUAAGACUGGUGAAAAAUGAUUUUGACUUUAGUGAUUUUGGCCACACUCAUCCACUUUAUUCUACAGAAAAUAAAAAAGUGAUUGGUAAAAUGAAGGACGAGAGUAACGGAAAAAUCAUGUAUAGUUUUGUGGGUGUUUCUCCAAAAAUGUAUUCCUUUGCAGGCAAGAAUAUCCAUAAGAUUGCUAUGAAAGGAGUCAAACAAUCUUUAGUAC